CGUGCGUUGUGAUUUUAUAAAAAUUAACUUAUAAUUUCUACGUAUUUUUGCUUUAUAAUCCUUUUAAAAAAAUGUGCAGUAUUGGUGAAGACGAUUUCGGAGAUGAAGGUGGAGUUCACGCCAUGAAAGAGGAAUCUCCUGUACCGGCCGACCGUACGUCGGUUUCCAUCGGUACUGAAAUCUGUCGCAAAUGCAACGAACACCUGGCCGUACUCAAGCUGAAUCUGAAGGAACCCCAGUGUCGGGACUGCUUUCUGCACUAUGUGCGACAUAAGUUCCGCGCAUCUCUCGGGGCUACCAAGAUCGUCCGACGGGGUUCCAAAGUGCUAGUUGUAUUCACCGGUUCGGCGGAGAAUGUCGCUAUGUUGGAUAUGAUUCGGCAUGGGUUGGAGCAAGAUGCAUUCAAGAAACUGAGGAUCGUUCCGUUGGUACUUUUUGUUACUGAGGAUUUCCUUGUUCUUGGUGGGGAUCAAGUAAAGUAUGAUCAGAGCGUGGGAAAAAAGCUCGAUAUUUUGAAGCAGUUUAACUUUCCGUCAUAUUUCACGGUUCUUGGAUCAAAUGAAUACUGCAGCAUAACAGAGGAUACUUUGACAGAGAAGUUUAAAUCGGACCAGAAUAAAUUCAACGAGAUAUUGCAAGGACUCAAAAGUAUAACAUCAAAGCAAGAUUUCAUUGUUCAAGCAAGAAAGCAAACGUACAAAGCAGUCGCUAAGGAACUGGAAUGCGGUUACAUUUUCCUAUCGAGUAUUGGAUUGGAUUUAGCAAAGACACUUCUAUCGGAUGUGGCACUCGGGAGAGGACGAUCGCUUUCGCUGGACAUUGCGUUCUGUGACGAUCGCGACGAAGAAACGAAGAUAAUUCGACCCAUGAGGGAUUUGAAUCUCGACGAAAUUGAAAACUAUAUGAAGUUUGCUGAGAGUCAGCUGCAGAGCGCUGUGUUGGAACAUCCAUUCAAAGAUAAGACCAGUUUACAGAACAUGACAUCGAAGUUUGUCGACGGAUUGCAGCAGUCGUUCCCAUCGACGGUAGCUACGGUAUUCCGAACUGGGGAUAAAUUAGAAGCAGUUAAAGCUUCUCCUGUUAAGGAGUUGGAAGGCGAAGAUAAUUUGUUUGAAUUGUUUGAUAAAUCGUUGAAAAUUAAAGCAGGUGAAGAACAACCAACGAGGUGUAAGUUCUGCCAUUCUAGUCUGGACUAUCGUGAUUCAACCACUCUGUUUGCUACGGAAUUUUCACGAAUGGUGUCUUCGAGGAUUAAUGUGGAGCUGAGUCACGAGAAGAUCAUCGAAAGCACAAGGCUAAUGGAGCAAGAUGCCUGCAAAGCGGUCAACGCAGAACUGGAAGAUGAUGAAAUGCGACUGCUUAAAAAGGAGUUAUGCCAUGCAUGUAGGAAUAUUUUUGUUGAUUUUGAAAGGCAUUAAUAU